CUCUUUGUUCUAACUUAAUUCAAUCUCAAGUCAAGCAAGCAAGCACCUUUCUAUUCCAAAACACUCACUAAGACAUUUCAACAAACAAUGGCUGAAUCCACAUCCUCGCCAACUCAACUCUUUCAAGAUCUUGUUGGAGACUUCUACUCAAGAAGACUACUCCUAAUUCACAACCCACUCAACCCUUCUCCGGCAGCGGCGAUGGAGGCGACUCCUCCCUCGGCCUUUCCUGGCCACGAUUCAGUGGAGCAAUAUCCCGGAGACAGCAGCUUCGAUGCAAAUGUCGUCAUGGUCCUCUCAGUUCUCCUCUGCGCACUAAUAUGCUCACUUGGACUCAACUCCAUAAUACGCUGCGCAUUAAGAUGCUCGAGCUUCGUGGCCUCGUCUGAUUCUAGGUCCAGUACUGUUUCGGCUCAAUUGGUCGCCAACACCGGAGUGAAAAAGAAGGCCUUGAAGACUUUCCCAACAGUGAGCUACUCGCCGGAUCUCAAUCUCCCUGGACUAGAUUCUGAGUGCGCCAUCUGCUUAUCGGACUUCGCCACCGGCGACCGUGUCCGCCUUCUACCUAAAUGCAACCAUGGAUUUCACAUCAAGUGCAUCGAUAAAUGGCUCAAUUCUCACUCUUCAUGCCCUAAAUGUCGGCACAAUCUUCUCGAGACUUGCCAGAAGAUUGUAGGCGGCGGCGAAAACACCCAAGCGAGCUCUUCGGAAUCGCUCCCAUCACCGCCGGCGGUUCAAGAAGUAGUCAUUAGGGUUUCACCGUUAGAACCCGAAGGUCCAGUUCGUAGUUACUGAGGAAGUAACUAAAAAUCAGAAAUUCUUUAAGUUGGUCUGUUGUUCGGACAUAAAUGCCCCUGAGCUAGCUAGCUUUAUCCUUAUGCGGAUGAAAAAAAAGAUUAAAAAUGUAGUUCUUAGUUGUGCAAAUUGUAUAUAAUUAUGCUCCAAAAAAUAGAAUGUUAACAGGUUAAUUGUUCUUUUUUGUUUUAAUUGAAUAUUAAUUUUAAAA